CAUCACGCCCCUUCCUUGUCGCGUCCCAUCCGUUCCUCGCUAAUUAGACGGCAACCGCUGAACACAGCAUCGCACGAUAUGCUGCCCGAUGCCAUUCCUUCGGUGUUGCGAUGACACUGCAUGACGAGAAUGAUGAUCUCCUUACAAAUGUCGACAAGACCACGGACAAUACCCCAGAUGACCCCGACGAUACAUCGCAGGCCCAGGAAGCCUCCCUCCUAGCAUCCCAGCACCAUUCCCUUAAGCACCAUCUCCUUGGCCCUUCCUUGACCAAGGCCGGACAGGAUGCGGUCGAUCAGAAAAAGGUCUCUGAGAUCAUAUACGAGGCCUCCAAAGGCUCCAAGUUCUUCAACAAUGAAGAAGUCAAGGACAGAAACUUGACUCUAAAAAUCGAGCGAAUUCUCAAACAGAAGGCACAACUGGAGAAGCUCGACCUCAAGACGGAUCUUCGCCGGGCAGAUGACUACAUUGCAUCCCUCGAACUGGCCAGAGACCUGUCACAGUAUGUCGUUCACAUCGACUGCGAUGCCUUCUACGCCGCGGUUGAAGAGAUUGAUCGACCCGAGCUCAAGACUGUUCCCAUGGCCGUUGGGAUGGGGGUCCUUACUACCUGUAACUACGAGGCCCGGAAAUAUGGUUGUCGCAGUGCAAUGGCGGGAUUUGUGGCGAAAAAACUAUGCCCGCAGCUGAUCUGUCUGCCAUUGAACUUUGACAAGUACACAGCCAAGGCAAAAGAAGUAAGGGCUAUCCUCGCAGAAUACGACCCGCGUUUCGAGAGCUCUAGCAUCGAUGAAGCCUACCUGAACAUCACAGAGUACUGCACCACUAACCAAAUGGACCCGGAAGCUGCAAUUGAGCAACUCCGGAAAGACGUACACGAGAAGUGCAAAAUCACAAUCUCCGCUGGUAUUGCGCCCAAUGCCAAAUUGGCCAAGAUCUGUUCCAACAAGAACAAACCAAAUGGGCAGUUUCGAAUCCCCAAUGAUCGAGCUGCCAUAAUGUCGUUCAUGGCUACACUGCCAGUGCGCAAAGUAAACGGCGUCGGCCGUGUCUUUGAGCGAGAGCUCGAUGCUAUUGGUAUUCAAACAUGCAGCGACAUCUAUGCUCAGCGCGCAUACCUUUACAAGCUCUUUGGGGAGAAGGCGUUCCAGUUCCUGAUGCAGACCCAUCUUGGCCUCGGACGCACGGUUGUACAGCCUGCUGAGGAGUAUGAGCGAAAGAGCGUGGGAACAGAAAGUACAUUCCGUGACAUCAGCGACAAGCAACAACUUCGCGAGAAACUUCGCCACACGGCAGAAGAGCUAGCAAAAGACAUGGUCCGCGUCGAAGUGAAAGGUCGGACACUGGUCCUGAAGGUCAAACUCCACACUUACGAAGUCUUCACCCGACAAGUCGCUGCUCCGAAGGCAGUCCACCUCGCAGACGAUCUCUAUAACUACAGCCUACCGAUGCUGGUCAAACUUGAGAAGGAGAUUCCGGACUUCCGGCUCCGCUUGAUGGGACUACGAUGCACCCAUCUAGUUAGCACCAAGAAAGCGGGCAAUGAUUUCUUUCGCCGCAAAUUCAAUAGCGACAAUUCCUCUACAGGAAAGCCAGCAGAUGAUGCAGAGUGGGAAGUCUGGCCGGACUCGGAAUUCGAAGAAGCCGCUCGUCAGGAGAGACAGGAGGAGAUCGAGGAGCUAGAGCGCUUGAGCCAGGAGCAGCAGCAUGAACUUUCUCAAGACGAGGAUCCGAAUACCCCUGUACCAGGCGCCUGUGACUCCACAGCAGAUUGGCACGAACCCUUUGGCAGGUACAAGUAUGGCAGUGAGCCGAACUCGCCGGCGGUGUCACCACAAAGCAAGCAUGGACGGGUACUGAAUAAAGCUGCUGUGUCGGCUUUGAAAGAAGACCACAAGCAAAAAGCACUAUGGGAUUGUCCAAUUUGUCAGCUCCCGCAGCCGGCAAGCGACAGGGAAUUUAACAGCCACAUCGAUCUGUGUCUCUCGCGGCAGACGAUCAAAGAGGUCGUGGCCGAGGCAAACGGAUCUGCAACCGCCGCCUCGAGCAGAGCAUCGCCCGAUGGUUCUGUGCCAGAUAGGCCGAAAUCUGUUAACGGAAUGAAGCCCAAGAGAAAAGUCUCCUCCAGCAAUCUAAUGGAGCCGGAUGCGGCUGGUGGGAGAAGGCAGAAGAGACUGUUCUUCACCUGAGAGUUUACGACUGCUUUGUACACGUGCUCAUGAGAAAUGAUGUUGAUACACUAAUAGACAGUUCAUAUUCGGACCGAGAGUCCCCUUCUCAGGAAAACAUUCUUCCUGGGGUAUAUAUGACCUCCUGCU